UAUAUUUUAAAGAAUCGGAUAGGUCAAGGUCAAUUCCUUACGAGACCGGCGAAACGAUCGAACAUGCUGUCUGCUACGGCCACCGUAAUCAAAAGUGUGCCCAAACAUGUAGGGGCUUUGGGUACAUUGGCGAGCCGCCUGAAGCAUACUUUGCCAGACCUUCCCUAUGACUUCAAUGCGUUGGAACCUGCCAUUUCUGCAGAAAUCAUGCAAAUCCACUACACAAAACAUCAUGCUACCUAUGUCAACAAUCUCAACAUUGCAGAAGAGAAAUUAGCAGAGGCAAUGGAGACAAACAACGUCAAUCAGGUGAUUCAGUUGCAGCCAGCUCUAAAGUUCAAUGGUGGUGGCCACAUAAAUCACUCCAUCUUCUGGCAGGUCCUUAGCCCCAAUGGGGGAGGGCAACCAUCUGGGGAUCUCAUGGAAGUUAUCAAGCGGGAUUUUGGCUCAUUUGAAGCUAUGAAGACUGAAUUGAGCAAUGCAUCUGUUGCUGUGCAAGGAUCUGGCUGGGGAUGGUUAGGUUUCAACCCUGUCAGUAAAAGACUAAGGGUGGCAACUUGUGCCAACCAGGACCCACUACAACCAACAACAGGACUGGUUCCUCUGUUUGGCAUUGAUGUCUGGGAGCAUGCUUACUAUCUACAGUAUAAAAACGUCCGACCAGAUUACCUGAAGGCUAUUUGGAAUAUUGUAAACUGGGACAAAGUUGCACAGAACUUGCAUAAUGCCACCAUGGCAUGCUAAAUCAGUACUGUUCCAAGAAUGAAUAAUUUUGUGUGCGUCCCAUCAUCAUCACUUAAUCUGGGCAUCAGUGCUAGAUGGAAUCUACUCCUGUUGAGACACUGUGUCAUAUUGUUAACACAAUGCCUACACACUUACUUGUGCUUUUCUUUAUAGUGUGUACAUUAUAUAAUCAAUACUGGUGCAUGUUCCUUGUGAUUGAAAUAAUAAACUUAUUAACUAGGAAAGUGAGUGGUAUUACUGAUAAACUGCAAAAAAAAAUACAAAAAAUGUUGUGGUUAGUUAGCAACCAUUUAUGUAGAGAGAGCAGACAGAAAUUGAUAUUAAGUUUUGAAUGCUGUUAUUUGUCAAACAAUUGAUUACAGUAAUUAAAAUCCAUUAUGCAAGCAUCACUACAGUACUUCAGAGAACAGCUUGUAUUUGUCCUGGAUGUGCUUUCUUUGUACCUUGGACAAAAGACCAAUGUUGUACUAGAUUUUUCGAUUAAAUUUUUCUGUUGCAUUUCCACAUCAUUCUGGAUUGUAUUGUUUUAUCCCUGUCCUACUUAUAUUGAACAAAGGGAUGAACAGAUGCCUAAGUUAUGAAGUUUACAUAUAUUCAGAGUGUGUAUUUGUGCAUUUUAAAAUUAAAAUAACUGAACUGUUAACUGCAAUUAAUGCUCAUGUACUUGGCCCUAUGUACAAAUAACAAGUUGGAACUGUGUGUAAGAGCUACCCAUUAUUUUGCAGUAGUCAUAUUAAAGUUCACCUGUAUUGGGACAUCCUGAUAUGACAUAUCAUGUUAGAUUUUGUGACAUCACAUAGUAUUGGCAACAAUAUUGUAAACAAAUGAAAUUAAUAAGAACAUUUCUGAAGAAAUAUUAAGAAAUUUAUUACAUGUGGAAAAUUGAUAGCAAUUUAUUUUAUUCUUUGAGCUGUAACCAAUUCCUUGAUUAAGACUUGUUGUCACACAUCAUAUUUUGAUUGCUAUAAAUUGUUAUCCAACAUAAAUAAUAAAACAUGUUGACAUAUCGUAAAGCAUUUAUUGUGCUGAUGCUGGUAAUUUCAUUACCUCACAGCUUUUUGAUAUUUAUUGCAUUUAUGAAGUUAUCUUAUUGUCUGAAAGGACUAAAGCAAAGAAUUUCCUGGAUUACUACUAUUUGAAAUUCUUUGUAAAAUAUCUUUUGGUUCAGUAUGGCUGUGUGAUGCAAAGUGUCGAGCUAAGGUGCUAAGAUAAGUUUUAUUUUAGGAUCCCAAUGUUUGAUUUUACAAUUGUAAUCACAUUAACUUUGCAUUUCUCUUUAUUAUGUAGUUUAUUUGAUGAAGCAAUUUUGGUGUAUUUUCUGGUUGCAUAUCACUAUGAUUUACAAUCUUGAUUCCAUUUUAUGAUUUUCAAAUGUCAAAAUGAAAAACUUUGUUUUCUGCAAAUUAAAUCCGAGAUUCAGAAAUAUUUAUA